AUGGCAAAAGUCAAGAGUAGACCUCAGGCAUAUCCAGCGAUGUCUUUUCACGUCACCAGAGCCAUUGCAUUUAUUUCGCAGAGCAUCGUCACUGGUAUCUUGAUCUUCUUCUUCAUUCAGUUGAAGAAAGAUGGCUUCAAAUUACCCUGGACCUUCAUCAUUGUAUUAGCAGCAUCACUCCUCUCACUAAUUUCCAUUAUCAUCACCACGCUAUUCUACCUCUGCUCCUUCCUCUCCCCCUUGUUCAACCUGAUCAUCAACUCGACCGUCCUCAUCAUCCAAUUCGUCGGCUUCGUUCUUCUCUCAUGGAAUAUGUCCGGCACACUCACACACUCCUGCAGCGCAGCGAAUUGGGCAUCCAACGACGGUAUGAUGGUGUGCCGGAUUUACAAGGCCCUGUACUCAUUCGCCGUCUUCGCUCUGCUGGCUCAGAUCGCUCAGAUCGUCCUGGACACCCGCAGUCGUCACAACCAGACCAAACUCGGUCGCUACGACAACAUCCAGGGUUCCAGGGACCUCAAAAUGGAUGACCUAAGUAAGCUGAAGCAACAGCAGUACCAGCAAGGCCAUGCACAGCAGCCCAGUCAGGAGAGUUUUGCCAGCCAUGCCAGUACCGAUGAUGUGCCGUAUGGCAUUCAUGAUUAUCGGGAAAGGCACGCAAGACCUCAGCAGGCUGUCCCGGCUCCUGUUCCUCAGCCAACGUACCAGGCAUACCCCGGCGGAGAGAGUGCCGGUUAUUACAACAGCGGCCAUUCUCAGGUGAGGAUGGAUGAUUUCAGCAGUCAUGGUCAGGCAUACGGUAGUGGAGGAUACGGAUAUUCUGGACGAUGA